UCGGAAAACGGGAGGUUGACGAAGAGGAACCGAGUGCCAAACGCAUGGCCAAGUUUAAAUAAAAAAGUAUCAAGGUUUUAUUGGGGUGACUUUUGGUUAACUUUGAACCUUAAUCGAGGUUAAAAGUGGUUUGUUUUGUGUGGCCACAACUAUGGAUGAUGAGACUGAAACAUACAGGUUUUGGAGGAUAAGAAAAACUGUUAUGCAGAUGUGUCAUGAUCGAGGUUACUUGGUUACUCAAGACGAAUUGGAUCAAACAUUAGAGCAAUUCAAAGAACAGUUUGGAGAAAGACCUAGUGAGGGUCAUCCAAACAGAGCUGAUUUAUCUGUAUUAGUAGAGCAUAAUGAUGACCCUUCAGAUAAGUUAUUUGUGUUCUUUCCUGAAGAUCCUAAAGUUGGGAUUAAAACAAUUAAAACCUAUUGUACAAGAAUGCAAGAAGAAAGUAUUACACGUGCGAUCAUUGUUGUUCAAAUGGGCAUGACCCCAUCAGCAAAGCAGGCCUUGGUAGACAUGGCACCAAAAUAUAUCUUAGAACAUUUCAUGGAAGCAGAAUUAUUGAUUAACAUAACAGAACAUGAGCUUGUUCCAGAACAUGUGCUUAUGACACCAGAAGAAAAGAAAGAAUUACUGACACGAUAUAAAUUAAAAGAACAUCAGUUACCACGGAUACAGGCUGGUGAUCCAGUCGCAAGAUAUUUUGGUUUAAAGAGAGGACAGGUUGUCAAGAUCAUCCGUCCAAGUGAGACCGCUGGCCGAUAUAUUACGUACCGUCUUGUUGUAUAACUGAUCUCUGCAUGGUAAUUGGAUUGUCAUCACAACAGUUUUCUUAAGCAAUUCAAUUGUGAGUAUUCAAACAAAUUUAAUGUUUCAGUAGACGGUGUUUCUAGUCAUCACAGCGGCUGUGGCGUUUCAUGUCGAAGCAAUUAAGACAGCAGCGUAUCAGGGUUUGAUUUUUAUAAAAUCAAAAAUAAUUGAUAGCUCAUGUUAUCUACACUGGAACAAUUUCUAGACGUACUGCCUCGUAUUAUGAAAGUCAACUCCGUUAACCGAUAAAUAUAAUGUCUGCCUUAAUUCAUGUAAAUAUAAUAUCUAGUGAACGGCAUGCAGGCCUCCGUUUUCUCUCUUCACUGGAAUGACAAAAAAACAACAUUGCCGGCGCUAUUUUUAUAAAUGUUUUUCUCAAAUUCUCCAAUUGUGAACUCGACGAUGAUGUUAAAUUGCUAUGUUUAAAAUCCGAAUGUUUUUCAAACCAGAGUUUGCGGUUGGUUGAAAGACGAACGUGGUGAAAAAGUUUUGCAAUUGAUUUUUCGUAGGCGUGCAUAGUUGGUAUACUUGAAUAAUCUGUAUUAUAUUGUUGCCGUUGGUUAUUGACCCAUUAACACUGGAAGGCCAGUGCUGACUCUCACGGCACAACACCCUCUCUGUUACAGUAUUUUUAAAAUUACGUACGUACAGCAUAUUCUGCUCAUUCUGAUACCCGUGCUCAAAAUAUUAGUUUUCUUGAUUUACUUUAACAAAUCUAAAAUGCUGGAUGUCGUACGUUUUUUGGUGAUACCUAGCUACAGCUUAUUGCCGAGAAUUCUUGAUAUGAUCCAAGUCUAAAACUUGGGUCCACUUUCAGAAGCAAUAUAUUCUCCAAGUGGGUUCAUGGUCUUUCAUUAGCUUCAAUUAAUAUUCGUUUCCUGAUGUUAUAAUCUCAACGAGCCACGGUGUCUCACUUUAGCCUGUCAUACAGCCUUAACUGCGUUUCCAGGGUGGUGGUACAUUCCAAUCUUCAUUCUUCAGAUGUUUUUACACCACCCAGGGUACUGAAAACUAAAUGAUAAAAAUAUAGGCCGUAAUGAAAUAUAAGAGUAUUCUCAUUCUGUGACUUGGUUAUUCGUAUGCAAAAUACGACUUUCUCAGGAAUUUGCGCAAAAUUCCUGAGAUAAUCAGCAAGUUGUUCGGAAAGCCAGGUCAAUUUUUUGAUAGAGUAACUUUGAGAAAGAAAGGCGGCGCUUCUGCGAAAACCCGCUGGAAUGUUUGAGUUCAAAUCAUAUUUACAUGCGUCAAGAAGUUCUCGUAGAUUUUUUUAUUAAUUCUGCCCACAGUGAAACUGUAUUGUGGUAAGGUAAUUUUGGCCCUCUUGAAGAUGGCGCCAUGUCGUAUGUUUGUUUGACAGCGUGAGGUAUCCUCUGUUUCCUUUUUAAGCUUCUUAAACUGACAAUAAUCAUUUGAAAUUAAAGCCACCCCCGCGUGAGUGGUUACUAUGCAAUACAGGGCUGAGAAAUGCGGAAUAAAGUUAUGGUAUGAACUAUAGGUAUAGUUAGCGGGUAUAUUAAACUAUAUUUAAGAUUAUUCGUAAUGUAAAGUAAAUGACCACCUUUUUAAAACGCUAACUGCUUUUUGUUGAAAAGAGUGGCGGGGUUAUUUUGCAUACUUGCCGUGAAGCUAAUAUAUAUACCCUAUAAUUAAAUAGAUUUAGAAAACUAUAAUAGUAAAGUAAAGUGUCUUAAUUAGAAAGUUACUCCACCAUUUGUAUACUAAUAAACCGUUUUUAUCUGGUUGAAAAACGUACAUUCUCCUGAAGAUGACUAAAAGAUAACUAUUUACGAAGUGUUGUUUUGGGUUUCCUUUUUUGAAAUUCCGGCUGCAAUUUCUUCCAGUUUUUACGAUAAACGUUUAGUGAAUUGUAUAGUUCCAGACCCCUUCCGUCGAGUUGUAGUUCGAAGCGCAGAACUCCAAACGUCGUUUAUCUCAUUUAUAAACUAGCUAUGCAUGUAGCUAUGUGUAUAUUGAACUAUGUAUGUUGCAAUGCUUUUACAAGUUGCAUUUUUUUUUGCAAAAAAGUCCGUCUCCAACAAGGUUUUUGCUUGAAGAGGAGGAGCCUUAAUGGUUCGUUAAACACUGCCGUUGAUUCAUUAGAUUAUAAUAAAUAUUCGUGCAGAAAGGUUUCCUGUUUACCUGGACCGCCCUAUCCGUACACAUUGUUAACCAUAUAAGGAUUUCGUUUCGCGCAGGUUUACGAGCCUCAUUUUGUAAAAGCAAGAAUCAGCACGGAUAUUUAUCAGCGCAAAAAUGUAUCUCGUGUCGUGUAAACGGAAGAAAGAAAAGUUAAAAUUUCUGCCAGUGGCUGGUUCAGCUUUUUAUCGAAUUGUUAGUUUAAUUUGUCAGCCUGAAUUAGUUUUAGUAUAUGAUGUAUUAUUUUGAAAAUAAUAUAGUUUAUUUUAUGCAUGUGGGGUUAGCGCAUUCCGUUUGUUUUAACAAUACUGAAUUUAACUAAAAUUUAGCCAGUUGGGGCUUGGAAUUUUGUGCAUUGUGUAGUUAACAAACGUGCUUGAAAUCUCGAGAUAUUUUGGUUACAAACAGGCAGACACAGAGACGAGAACAGAUGAAUAGACCAACAUAACUAAACUGAAAACAUAACUCUUGCAUGCCGUGGUACUGUAACAUUUGUAAAAGUACAAAGUCCAGAUUUACCUUUCUUCUGCUUGCUUUGACUGUUGUACGCGACACGACAAUAUUACGUGGUAAAAAGGGUGUUCAUGCGUGAGAUAUCGAUCUGAAAGUUCAAAUUUCAUACCAGUUUUUUUUCCUGGGUUUUAAUUCUUCAUCGGCCUUGCAUAUAUAAUCGCCUUGAGGUAAUUCUGACCCUCUUGAAGAUGGCGCCAUGUCGUAUGUUUGUUUGACAGCGUGAGGUAUAGCAAUCUUUGAGAAUCAAAACUAUUCCCGGUAUUAUGCAUGUUUAACUUAAAAGAGCUUUACUAUAGUGAACAUUAUACAAAGUUUAUAGUGCAUGUUAAUAAUAUUGCAGCUGUAAGAUACAUGCAACUUAGGCGGAGAAAGGAAAAUAUUUUAAGUUUGGUCAAUGAACAUUGAACAACAUAUUUUAAUCUAUAUGUUUGCAAACUACGCAAUUCAAAAAUUAAAAAAGAACUUAUGAAAAUAUUCAGCAGACUCAUGCAAGAGGGAUCUUUAAGACUCGGUCGCACUUCCAAUCUUUCCUGCAAUUUUCGGUCCUAUUUUCUUCUUUGAUAGAUGGGUUACGAUAGUUUCCUCUUUAGCAUCGAUCAAAAGGAAGAAAUCGCACCGAAAUAAACGGGCUGUAGCUGUAACAUAGCAAAACUCGAGCUUAAACGUCUUACUUGUUCUUAUCAUGUAUACUGUACUAUAUAUAUGUCUAUAAACUAUCCGUAAAAGUGGUAAAACCACGCAGCUGCUAUACCAGUAACAUUCGGGGUGCCAUGCAAGUUUGGAUUGUAAAAAUUAGUAUAUUUCGGAUUGUUUAUUUUGACCGUCAAUAUAUGGAACUUAUUGCUCAUUGUUAUUGAUAUACGUUUAUUUUUUACUAUGAACACAGAUGAUUGUGCAGGUUUUGUAAUUGUUAUAAUGACUUCUAACAGUAUGAAACUUCCUGUUUCCAUUAGUGCAACCCAGCUGGUGCGUGCAUGUCUCAAAUCUCUCUCAAAGAACUUUAGAUAUUUCUUAAACAAAAGAUUGACGUCGGCAUGGAGGAAAUUACGUUAACUAGGUUAAGUUGGGUUGGUAAAUUAAGAAUUAGGAAUACACAAAUAUAUACACAAUUGAGAAAAAUAACACGUGCUUAUAGCAAGUUGUACCGGUGUGGAGUAAUUUACAUUUAGAUUAUUUUUCAACAAUUGUAUUUUUUUCAACUUCUUAUUUAGCUAUAUAUUAAAAUAUGUUCUUAAAAUA